CUGCCGUUACCGUAACCGCUGCUGCCGCGCUAACCGAUGCAUCUGCCAUAUGACGUCUGCGUACAGGGAAGAACAACGCUUGUUGUACCUGCAAUAAAUUAUUCCCAGAUUGCUGUUCCUUUGCGCGCACGACAGAGAAAGAGAGAAUAUAGCCCGUAGAAGGGUUUCCUUUUAGUCAGGUUGUUCCAGAAUCUUCUGCUUUUCUUCUGUUUAAUUGAUGCAGUUGAACAGUGAUUAAAACAGGUGACAUCGAUCUGGUGGAAGGACAUGACAAGCGAGAGACCGGCGGUGAAGAUGCCGGGUGCUGUGUCGCUUUCGGACAGACACAUUACCCCGGGUCACGGGCAGCCAGGAGGCCCCGGGACCGGUGAAAUAAUGGUGUCUGGCUCGGGCUCUAUGGUUCUACCGGCCGGUAUGAUCAACCCGCAGGUUCCCAUCCGGAAUAUCAGGAUGAAAUUUGCGGUUCUCAUCGGGUUGAUCCAGGUGGGGGAGGUUAGCAACAGGGAUAUCGUGGAGACUGUGCUCAACCUGCUUGUGGGGGGUGAAUUUGACCUGGAACAGAACUUCAUCAUAGCAGCUGCGGAGAGUCUGAGCUGUAUGGUGGACCUGCUGGACCACUGUGAUGUGACCUGCCAGGCUGAGGUGUGGUCCAUGUUUACAGCCGUCCUCAGAAAGAGUGUCCGGAACCUCCAGACCAGCACGGAGGUGGGCCUCAUUGAGCAGGUUCUGCUGAAGAUGAACUCUGUGGAUGACAUGAUUGCUGAUCUGCUCGUUGACAUGUUAGGGGUGCUGGCCAGCUACAGCAUCACAGUGAAGGAGCUCAAACUACUUUUCAGUAUGCUGAAGGGAGACCGAAGUCUCUGGCCAAAGAAUGCAGUGAAGCUGUUGUCUGUUCUGAACCAGAUGCCUCAGAGACACGGUCCAGACACUUUCUUCAACUUCCCCGGACGCAGUGCUGCAGCUAUAGCGUUGCCUCCUAUUGCUAAGUGGCCGUACCAGAAUGGUUUUACUCUCAACACCUGGUUCAGAAUGGAUCCUCUAAACAACAUAAAUGUUGACAAGGACAAACCAUACCUCUACUGCUUUCGCACCAGUAAAGGAAUCGGCUACUCUGCACAUUUUGUGGGCAACUGUCUGAUUGUCACAUCACUGAAGUCUAAAGGCAAAGGCUUCCAGCACUGUGUGAAAUAUGACUUUCAGCCCAGGAAGUGGUACAUGAUCAGCAUCGUCCACAUCUAUAACCGCUGGAGGAACAGUGAGAUACGUUGCUAUGUCAAUGGUCAGCUGGUCUCCUAUGGUGACAUGGCCUGGCACGUCAACACCAAUGAUAGCUAUGACAAGUGUUUCCUGGGCUCUUCAGAGACAGCAGAUGCUAACAGGGUUUUCUGUGGGCAGCUCGGGGCCAUCUAUGUGUUCUCUGAGGCUCUGAACCCAGCACAGAUUUUUGCCAUUCAUCAGCUAGGAGCGGGCUACAAGGGUACCUUUAAGUUCAAGUCAGAGAGUGACAUCCAGUUGGCGGAGCACCACAAACAGGUCCUGUAUAAUGGGAAGCUGGCCAGCUCCAUCUCCUUCACCUACAACGCCAAGGUUACUGAUGCCCAGCUAUGCCUAGAGUCAUCGCCCAAGGAGAAUGCGUCCAUCUUCGUCCACUCACCCCACGCCCUGAUGCUGCAGGAUGUGAAGGCCAUAGUGACCCACUCCAUCCAUAGUGCCAUCCACUCUAUAGGAGGGAUCCAGGUCCUGUUCCCUCUCUUCUCCCAGCUGGACUAUCAUCAACACAACAACCAGCCCAGCUACCAGAACCAUGAGACCCAGUUGGAAACAACUGUUUGUGCCACUCUUUUGGCCUUCCUGGUAGACCUGCUUAAAAGCUCGGUGGCAAUGCAGGAACAAAUGCUCGGAGGAAAAGGAUUCCUGGUAAUCGGGUAUCUGCUGGAGAAGUCCUCCAGGGCCCACAUUACCCGUGCCGUUCUGGAACAGUUCCUGUCCUUCGCUAAGUACCUGGAUGGGCUUACCCAUGGAGCGCCCCUCCUCAAACAACUCUGUGACCACAUCCUGUUCAACGCCGCCAUCUGGAUACACACCCCAGCCAAGGUCCAGCUCUCUCUCUACACAUACUUGUCUGCAGAGUUCAUCGGCACAGCAACCAUCUACAGCACCAUCCGUCGUAUUGGGACUGUGCUGCAGCUGAUGCACUCUCUGAAGUAUUACUACUGGACCUGCAACCCAGAAGACAGCAGUGGGAUCACACCAAAAGGACUAGAUGGUCCGAGGCCAACCCAGCAGGAGAUCAUCUCUCUUAGGGCCUUUAUGUUGCUCUUCCUUAAACAGCUAAUCCUCAAGGACCGAGGUGUGAAAGAGGAUGAGCUGCAGAGUAUUCUGAACUACCUGCUAACCAUGCAUGAGGACGAUAAUAUCCAUGAUGUCCUUCAGCUUUUGGUGGCUCUAAUGUCAGAACACCCAGCCUCUAUGAUUCCAGCCUUCGACCAGAGGAAUGGCAUACGGGUGAUGUACAAGCUGCUGGCUUCUAAGACUGAGAGCAUCAGAGUCCAGUCCCUAAAAGUCCUGGGAUACUUCCUCAAACACCUGGGGCACAAAAGGAAGGUUGAGAUCAUGCACACCCAUAGCCUCUUCACUCUUCUUGGGGAAAGACUGAUGCUACACACCAACACUGUUUCAAUGACCAUCUACAACACGCUCUAUGAGAUCCUGACAGAGCAGGUGUGUACCCAGGUCGUCCACAAGCCCCACCCUGAACCAGACUCCACGGUCAAGAUCCAGAACCCAAUGAUCCUGAAGGUAGUAGCGACCCUUUUGAAGAACUCAUCCCCCAGCGUUGAGCUGAUGGAGGUUCGACGGCUCUUCCUCUCAGAUAUGAUCAAACUGUUCAGCAACAGUCGAGAAAACAGACGAUGUCUGUUGCAGUGUUCGGUGUGGCAGGACUGGAUGUUCAGUCUGGGUUACAUCAACCCUAAGAACCCAGAGGAACAGAAGAUGAUGGAGAUGGUGUACAACAUCUUCAGGAUCCUCCUCUACCACGCCAUCAAGUAUGAGUGGGGAGGCUGGCGAGUCUGGGUGGAUACACUCUCCAUCGCACACUCCAAAGUUACAUAUGAGGCCCAUAAAGAGUACCUUGCUAAGAUGUAUGAGGAGUACCAGCGUCAGGAGGAGGAGAACAUCAAGAAGGGGAGGAAGGGUUUGGUCAGCACCAUCUCAGGCCUGCAGGACCUCCAGGCCGGGGGCAUCCAGGGGAACAUGGAGAUCAGAGAGAUCGAUGAGCACUCCCAGACCCAGACCCCGGAGAGUGAGGGGGACUACCCGGAGACCCCUGGCCACCCCCGGGGCGUACUGUCAGAGGGGAAGAGUGGGGAGGAGGGGGCUCUAGGAAGCACCGAGCGAACGGGGUCAGGUGUCAGAGUGGAGGUUCAUGACCUGCUGGUGGACAUCAAGGCUGAAAAGGUGGAGGCGACGGAGGUGAAGCUGGAUGACCUGGACUUGUCUUCAGAGCCGCUGGGCGUGGCAGUGGGCGUGACUGGGGGUGUGGUCUCAGAGGACAGGAGCGCGGCAUUGGUCCAGGUGGAUUCUCUUUUGGACAAUGUGUACUGUGCUGCUGUAGAGAAGCUGAGCAGUAGCGCCGUCAGUGGAGUACUGGUCCACAACGCAACUGUCGCAUUCGCCCCAGACGACCACAACACUGGACACCUCAUCACCCUCGCUGGCGACGACAGGGAGAGUCUCCCUAGCAACAGUAACUUCCUGUUUGGCAAGGAUGAGCCCCUGGUCCUGCCAAGUCCUGGUUCUAACCCUGAACCCGACCUGGACCCCUCAGUCCCCUCCGGCCUCGGCACUAACCUGGGUCUGCUGGCCCACAUGACGGGCAGCUCUGAGCAUGGGACCGCCAGCCUGGUCGGCACGGUCGGUCAUGGAGCUCCAGUCAGCAGCAUCCAGACCCCCCUGGGGGACAUGGCCUCUGGGCCAAGGGAAGAGGGAUGCUGUAAGGGGUCAGAAUUCAUUGAGACAGGGUCUGGAGCUAGGCCUGUGGUGUCGGAGAGGUCCGAGCCAUCAACCGGAAGGAAAUGCAGUGGUGCAGAUGCGAUCAGCAACACCUCAGACACAGAGCGGUCCGACGAUGGAAAAGACAAGGAGGUUAAGAUGAUACAGACAACCACCACCACACAGUCCCUCCAUGGUCGCGCCGUGGCCCAGUUGGAGCGAGACCUGCGGAUGGACCUGGGUUUCAGAGGCAUGCCCAUGACCGAGGAGCAGCGGCGCCAGUUCAGCCCGGGUCCUCGCACCACCAUGUUCCGCAUCCCGGAGUUCAAAUGGUCUCCCAUGCACCAGCGCCUCCUCACCGACCUGCUGUUCGCCCUGGAAACAGACGUCAGUGUCUGGAGGAGCCAUUCAACCAAAUCUGUCAUGGACUUUGUCAACAGCAACGAGAACAUCAUCUUUGUCCACAACACCAUCCACCUCCUCUCUCAGAUGGUGGAUAACAUCAUCAUCGCUUGUGGAGGGAUCCUUCCUCUGCUCUCCGCUGCCACGUCUCCUACUACCAAGGCUGACAUGGAGAACAUCGAGGCCACCCAGGGCAUGUCCUCAGAGACCGCGGUGUCCUUCCUGUCCCGCCUGAUGUCCAUGGUGGACGUGCUAGUGUUUGCCAGCUCACUCAACUUUUCGGAGAUUGAAGCUGAGAAGAACAUGUCUUCUGGAGGCCUAAUGAGACAGUGUCUUCGACUGGUGUGUUGCGUAGCCGUGAGGAACUGUCUGGAGUGUAGACAGAGGCAGAGGGAAAGAGGGACCACCUGUAAGAGCCAGGACAACCUGUAUGGUGCAGCAUCUGGCAAGGACCCUGACAGACUUCUACAGGAUGUCGACAUUAACCGCCUGAGAGCUGUUGUGUUCCGGGAUGUUGAUGACAGUAAGCAGGCCCAGUUCCUGGCACUGGCGGUGGUCUACUUCAUCUCUGUCCUCAUGGUGUCAAAAUACAGAGACAUCCUAGAACCUCAAAGGGAAACAAACAGGAUGGUCAACCAAUCAGCAUGCAGCAUUCGCCACGAGAUCAAUUCACCUACCAGCACGGAGACCCCCCUAGCAUACACUGACCAUAACAAGGAUCCCCGGACACCCAUGGAUGACCACAACAUAGAGAGGUGCUCUCUGCCCCACACUGACUCUGGCAUUGGGGAGGAACAGGUGACCAAUGUGUUCAACGGGGCAGAUCUGGACCAUCCAGGCCCCAGGGGAGCAGACCUCCUGUCUUCCCAGCUCUAUAGCCUCUCCUCCCAGAUUAAACAGAGCCAGGAGUCCCUGGUGGACCCACCUGGCCUUGAGGUCCUGAAGACCGCUUCCUCCAUCUCCUCCAUCAGCCAAUCAAACAUCAAUGUCAGAGAGAUCCUGAAAAGCCUAGUGGCUGCGCCUGUAGAGGGGGCAGAGCCUGGACCAGAGCCCCUUCCCCACCCCGACCUUACCCUGCAGAGAGAGACCCAUCACCCCACGCUGCCUAUGCAAUUCCACUCCUUUGACAGGAGUGUGGUGGUUCCAGUGAAGAAGCCUCCACCUGGUAGUCUGGCUGUGAAUACAGUGGGACAUGCCUCCUCUAGCAGCCUGGGAACAGGCUCCACGCCCAACAUCUUUGCUGCUGCCUCCAACACCCCCAAAAGCAUGAUCAACACCACUGGAGCUACAGACUCUGCCUCCUCUUCCUCCACCUCUUCGUCAUCCUUCGUGAAUGGGGCCACCAGUAAGAACCUACCUGCUGUCCAGCCAGUGGCGCCCAUGCCUGAGGACACAGUGGAGAACAUGAGUGAGUUGCUCUGUGAGGUGGACCUGGACCAGUGUCUGAGAGCCUUUAGUUCGUCCCUGCCAGGGGGCCACACAGAGAAAGAGAUGGCCCCCAGAGGUGCAGGCCAGUGUCAUAGUAUCACCACAAAGUUGGAACGUGCGUUAGAGAAGGUGGCUCCCCUGCUCAGGGAGAUCUUUGUGGACUUCGCUCCAUUCCUCUCAAGGACUCUUUUGGGAAGCCAUGGCCAGGAGUUGCUCAUUGAAGGUCUAGUUUGUAUGAAGUCCAGCACCUCCGUAGUAGAACUUGUCAUGCUGCUCUGCUCUCAGGAGUGGCAGAACUCCAUCCAGAAAAAUGCUGGCCUUGCCUUCAUCGAGCUCAUCAACGAGGGAAGGUUGCUCUGUCACGCUAUGAAAGACCACAUUGUACGGGUUGCUAACGAGGCAGAGUUCAUCCUCAACAGACAGAGAGCCGAGGAUGUCCACAAACAUGCAGAGUUUGAGUCCAACUGUGCCCAGUACGCUGCUGACCGCAGAGAGGAGGAGAAGAUGUGUGACCACCUGAUCAGCGCUGCCAAGCACCGCGACCAUGUGACCGCCAACCAGUUAAAACAGAAGAUCCUGAACAUCCUCACCAAUAAGCACGGAGCAUGGGGCAGCUCGGCACAGAGUGAGUUGAAUGACUUCUGGCGUCUGGACUACUGGGAAGAUGACCUUCGCAGACGGCGGAGAUUUGUAAGGAACCCUUUUGGCUCCACACACCUGGACAUCCCCUGCAAGACUUUGGAGGACUAUGGCAGCGAGGAGGACAAGACUGUAAAGUCGAAGAAAGGCUUCCGCAGCCAGGCAGUAGCCAAUCAGAGCCCAGAGACGGACCUGAUGUUGGAUGGAGACGAUGACACUGCCAGUUUGCUGCAAGAGAAGGAGAUGGACAACUUGGCUGGCCCAGUGGUGCUCAGCACCCCUGCCCAGCUCGUGGCCCCAGUGAUAGCGGCGCGAGGGACGCUCUCCAUCACUACCACGGAGAUCUAUUUCGAAGUGGAUGAAGACGAUCCCUCCUUCAAAGGACUUGAAUCCACGGUACUGGCCUACUCCGAGGGUCUCCACGGUAAAUGGAUGUUCAGUGAGAUCAGAGCGGUCUUCUCCAGGCGAUACCUGCUCCAGAACACUGGACUGGAGGUCUUCAUGGCUAACAGGACGUCGGUGAUGUUCAAUUUCCCUGACCAGGCCACCGUUAAGCGGGUGGUCUACAGCCUCCCCAGGGUGGGAGUGGGAACCAGCUAUGGCCUGCCACAAGCCAGGCGUAUCUCCAUGGCGACGCCCCGACAGCUAUUCAAGUCUUCCAACAUGACCCAGCGCUGGCAGAGGAGGGAGAUCUCCAACUUUGAGUACCUAAUGUUCCUGAACACUGUCGCGGGAAGAACCUACAAUGAUCUCAACCAGUACCCUGUGUUUCCCUGGGUUCUCACCAACUAUGAGUCAGAGGAACUGGACCUCACCCUGCCGGCCAACUUCAGAGAUCUCUCCAAGCCAAUCGGAGCGCUGAACCCGAAGCGCGCGGUGUUCUACGCAGAGCGCUAUGAAACUUGGGAAGAGGACCAGACCCCGCCGCAUCACUACAACACCCACUACUCCACUGCUGGCUCCACCCUGUUCUGGCUGCUCCGGAUAGAGCCGUUCACCACAUUUUUUCUGAAUGCCAAUGACAAUAAGUUUGACCAUCCAGACCGGACUUUCUCAGCCAUUACAAGGUCCUGGAGGCACUGCCAGAGAGACACCUCUGAUGUCAAGGAGUUGAUCCCGGAGUUCUUCUACCUGCCGGAGAUGUUUGGUAACAGUAACGGUUAUCACCUUGGCCAGAGGGAGGACGGCAGCAUGGUGGGGGAUGUGGAGCUUCCUCCCUGGUCUAACACGCCUGAAGACUUCGUUAGGAUCAACCGCAUGGCCCUGGAAAGUGAGUUUGUGUCGUGUCAGCUGCAUCAGUGGGUUGACCUUAUUUUCGGCUACAAGCAGCGAGGGCCUGAGGCAGUGCGCGCCCUCAACGUCUUUCACCACCUGACCUACGAGGGUUCUGUCAGCCUGGACAGCAUCACUGACCCCACCCUCAGAGAGGCGAUGGAGCAGCAGAUUCUGAUUGUUGGACAGACUCCGUCUCAGUUGCUCAUUGAGCCACAUCCUCCUCGCAGCUCAGCCAUGCACCUGUGUUUCCUUCCCCAGAGUCCUCUGAUGUUUAAGGACCAGAUGCAGCAGGAUGUGAUCAUGGUGCUAAAGUUCCCCUCCAACUCCCCUGUUACCCACGUUGCAGCCAACACGCUGCCUCACCUCUCUCUACCCGCCGCUGUGACCGCCACCUGCAGCCGUCUCUUCGCUGUCAACCGCUGGCACAACACUGUGGGUUUGAGAGGAGCACCUGGUUACUCCCUAGAACAGGCGCACCACCUUCCUAUAGAGAUGGACCCUCUGAUUGCCAACAACUCUGGUACUAACAAGCGUCAAAUCACAGACCUGGUAGAUCAGAGCAUCCAGAUCAACACACACUGCUUCGUAGUUACAGCCGACAACCGCUACAUCCUAGUCUGUGGCUUCUGGGACAAGAGUUUCAGAGUGUAUUCCACCGAGACAGGUAAGCUGACCCAGAUCGUGUUUGGCCACUGGGAUGUGGUGACAUGUUUGGCCAGGUCAGAGAGCUAUAUUGGAGGUGACUGCUACAUCGUGUCAGGGUCCAGAGAUGCUACGCUUCUACUGUGGUACUGGAGCGGACGACAUCACAUCAUAGGAGACAACCCUAAUAACAGUGACUACCCGGCACCGCGAGCUGUGCUGACCGGCCAUGACCAUGAGGUGGUGUGUGUGUCUGUGUGUGCUGAGCUGGGAUUGGUCAUCAGUGGAGCCAAAGAGGGGCCGUGUCUGGUCCACACUAUCACUGGGGACCUGCUACGUGCCCUAGAGGGCCCAGACAACUGCCAGUGUCCACGUCUCAUCUCUGUGUCCAGUGAGGGCCACUGUAUCAUCUAUUAUGAGAGGGGACGCUUCUGCAAUUUUAGCAUCAACGGAAAACUACUGGCCCAAAUGGAGUUCAAUGACUCAACACGGGCAAUCCUGCUGAGUAGUGACGGUCAAAACCUGGUGACAGGAGGAGACAACGGUGUGGUGGAGGUCUGGCAGGCCUGGGACUUCAAACAGCUCUACAUCUACCCAGGCUGUGAUGCUGGCGUACGUGCCAUGGAUCUCUCUCAUGACCAGAGGACCCUCAUCACCGGCAUGGCAUCUGGUAGCAUUGUGGCAUUCAACAUGGACUUCAACCGGUGGCAUUAUGAGCACCAGAACAGAUACUGAGUUAAUAGUGACACAGUAGAACACGGCUGCUGGUUUGCAGUACACAGGGACAUUACUGUACUUUAACUACUGUUAACUAUUAACUUUACAGGUUAACUGCAGUUAACUAACCAUAAACAGUAAGUCAGCUAUAGUUAACUAAUGAGUGAUUCCAUACAAAACCCCAAACCUGUAUAUUUUACAAAUAUAUUUUAAAAUAUAUUUGAUGAUGGUAUGUAAAACAUAAUCGACAGAUCAUUUUACUAUAUAUAUAUAUGAGAAUGUGGCCAUUCCAAGGACUCUUAGGUCAACAUAAUAAUUUACAAAGCAACAAAGAGUCUCAUGUGAAGCCUUACUGCUUGCAUUGUAGUAUAAAUAUUAUUAAAAUUCAAAAGAAAAUGUAAUGAUUCAUACAUUUAAAAAAACAUGGACAAAUCAACGUUUCAAGUGGGAUAGCUGCUGCGCUAAGAGUUAUGACCCAUUUGGUACUAAAAAUAUUACAGAGCAAGCAAUACAGCUUUUUCAUAAAGUUUCUCUCUGUAACACCAGAAGAUUUUAAUGCUUUUAGAAACAAAUGUCAACUUUCUAUGAAAAAUUCUUAGUCUGUUUAUGAUUUAAAUUUCAUGAAAACCCCUCAGUUCAUGAAUUUGUUAUAGUAUCGUAUUGAAUCACUCUGUAGAAGAUUACUAUAAUUAACUAACUACCACACAGGUCAGCUAUCAGUUAACUACCCAUUCAGGUUAACAAAGCAACCACCAGCUGUUACCACUGAUGGGGAAAGAAGAGGUCAAUUACAGUGCUACAGUACCAGUUUAGUUCAACACAUACAAAUACAGAAUAAAAAAUUGAAUGUAAGCUUUUAUUCAUAUUUCAAACUGUGAAGAAUACAAACAAAAAUACCUACAGUUGAUAACAUUUAUACAACAUUUGUAUGUCGGAUAAAUAUCUUACUUGGGACACUUUUCUAGGAAAAACUAUUGUAUAUAAGGAUGAUGUAAAAAGUUUAUUCCCUGAAAAUAUUUGAAAAUAACAACUUGUCUCCGUUUAGACGGUUGAGUCCAAAUUCUAUAUUUCAAACCAUGGCAUGACUCAUUUUGCUUGGCAUUUGUCCCAUUUUCUUCAUAGUGCAACGUUGUUUAUCAGGACCCAUUCGGGACGCAGAUUUAGUUGGUAAUUAAUAAUAGCUGGUAGUUGAUAUCCCAUCAUGGCAAACAGAGGUCUAUCUAUGUAUGUGUCGAAAAAAGGCAAAUUGUUCAACGUUCAUUGGAUCUGUUUAAAUGUCUGUAAGAGCACUUUGAGAAACUCUACCUACCGUGUGAAAUGUGUCCAUUGUAAUUGGUUUGUUUGUUAAUCACGUUUCAUUAUAUCAACAGGAAAUAACCAUUGUAAGGAUUUACAUCCCGUUCCUUGUUUUAUAUUUCAACAAAGGCAAGGCUUGAAAACUACUAUUACCUGUUUGUUUUUUUAACAACAGAUCAAACUGAACUGAGUUAAUGGAUUGAUAAGAACGGCUGUGCAAAAUGUCCAUUACAGAAUCACUGGAUGAUAAGUUUGGUGACUCCUUCCUUCAUUAUAGCCUAACAUCCAUACCUGUUUUGUGCUGACAUUCCAGUCCCUGUACUCAGUGUUAUAUGCCAAACUUGACAUUUGGCAUGACAAGGAGCAGAAUUUUAGUACAACCAGACUGGUACUCAGGCUAAAUGUAGUACAGCCAGUUUGGAUAACAGUCAGAGGGAGGAGCAAGGAGUUAAUCAAAUCGACAGACUAUAGUCAUUCAAAAUAACUACUUUGAAAAUUUUUAAUAUUGUAACCAUGUUUUAUUGCAACAUUUAAAAUAUGCCAGAUUUGUUUCAGUUGACAGUAAAAAGAAAAUAAAGGGAAAAAGAUAUCCCACUAUGCAAGGAAUAGGGUUUGCAUUGUAAUGGACAGCAUAAAGCUAUGGGCACCAGGAGGCUCUGCAUGCAGAGAGCUGUAGUGGUUAUAGGAUCAACCUUAGUUUAAUGGUUUAGUUCAUGAUAACCAUCAGUAUUUAUUUUAACAUAAAACUUUUGUGUAAGGAGGAUUUUGCGAAAUAAUUGCAUUUUAUUUGUGAGAUUUGGCACUGCGUUUAGAUAUUGUUUUUCAAUAUAUAUUUUUUAUCUCCUACAGAAAUGCAUUUUGAUUUGGUGUACAAUAUUUUGUGGAUUUGUAUGUAAUCUAUUUUGGUGAUAUCUAUGAUUUGAAUGUACCUGUUUUGUGCAUAUGUUGUAAUUUGAUGCAUUUACUUUCGGUUUGUUUUGAGCUGUUUUACAUUGUU